AUGGUGGGGAUGCUUUACGACAGUACUAUGCUCCGCGCCCAUCGCCUGCACCAGCUGGCCUUUGACACCUACCAGAAGUUUGAAGAAGCUCGUAGCCUGAAGGAACAGAAGUAUUUCUUCUGGUAUAACGCCAGGACCUCCCUUUGCUUCCUAGAGUCUGUCCCAACACCCACUAACAAAAAAGAAACUCUGCAGAAAUCAAACCUAGAGCUGCUCCACAUCUGCCUGCAGCUCAUCCAGUGGUGGCUCAAGCCCGUGCAGUUCCUCAGGAGUGUCUUUGCCAACAGCCAACUGCAUAGCAUCUGGAAUACUGACAUCUAUGAGUACCUGAAGGACCUAGAGGAAGGCAUCCAAACUCUGAUGGGGGUUAGGGUGGCACCACGGGUCCCCAACCCUGGGUCCCCACUGGCUUCCAGAGCCGGGGGAAAGAAACACUGCUGCUCUCUUUUUAGCAGUCAGGCCCUGACGCAGGAGAACUCAGCUUAUUCUUCAUUUCCACCCAUGAAUCCUCCAGCCCUUUCUCUACACCUUGGAGCCUUGGAGGGGAGGGAGGAGAAAGAAUGAGAGAGAGGAAGGGAA